CUAUUUUUUAUAUUUAAAACAAAAUACAGAUAUAUUUAAGCGUUAAAAUGAAAGAAAAACGUAGUAUGGAAAGUAUACUUAAGAUGAACUAACCUUUCAUUUGGCAUUUGGUGUGACUUGAAGGACUCGAAGCAAUUGGAUUGUUGACAGCUGAGAUCCUGGAAAUAGUGCGUUAAUAUUAACAUUGAUAGUGAAAGUCAAACUGCCAUGUAUUAAUUAAAAAUAUAAUUCUGCAGAAUAAAUCAAUAUUAAGCAAAUUGAUGAAAUUGAACUUCAUAUUUAUAGCAAGGCACUAUUGUUUCUCUAGUAAAAUGCCUUAUUAUGCAGUUGCCAAGGGUAGAAAACCUGGAAUUUAUGCCACCUGGGACGAAUGCAGUGCUCAGGUCAUUAAGUUUCCUGGAUCAAUAUAUAAAAAAUUUGCAACAGAAAGCGAAGCUCAAAGCUUUAUAAAAGAACGUUCCUCUUCAAAUAAAACAACAGGUUCCAGUGGAGGUUUUAUUUCAUCAAAUGAUAAAAUUGUUAAACCUAUAGAAUCACAAGCUUUACCAAAGCAACUGUUCCAACUUGGAAACAAACAAUCUGCAGUAACAAAAUCGUUAUCAUCACUUUCAAAGAGAACUUUAUUAACCAGUAGUAGUGAUAUCAGUGAACAUCCAAGUAAAAAGAGAAAAAUUGUACCAAAUGUUGCAAAUCUGAAAUCAACUCAGUCUUCUGAUCAGAAUGGUAAAGUUGACUUCAUUGUGGAUGAAGAUGGCUAUGUGAAUGUUUUUACAGAUGGUGCAUGCAGUUCUAAUGGAUACAAAAAUGCACGAGCUGGUAUUGGUGUUUGGUUCCAAGAUAAUCAUCCAUUAAAUGUAUCUCAACCGGUGGAAGGAAGGCCUACCAACAACAUGGCAGAGAUCCAAGCUGUCAUGGUAGCUGCAAAACAAGCGAAGAAAGCAGGAAUCAAAAAAUUGAAAAUUAACACUGACUCCAAAUUUCUCAUAUCCUGCAUCACACAAUGGAUGCCAAGGUGGAAGAAAAGAGGAUGGACAACAGUGAACAACAAGCCAGUUAUAAAUAAAAUAGAAUUGUUGGAAAUGGAGAAAGAAUUGGAGUCAUUGACUAUAGCUUGGAAUCAUGUGAAUGGACAUGUAGGAAUUUAUGGUAACGAAAUGGCAGACAAACUGGCGAGAGAAGGUUGCUUACAAUACAAAAAUGAGAAUAGAUAAAAGAGAUUACUAUUCCAUCAAAAGUACAAUUCAGAGAUAAGAUAAGAUAACUCACUGAAAAUAUGUAAUAAAUCAGUAUCAUUAUUAUGUA